CAGUUCUUUUUGCUAACUCAUGCUCAUGCUGAUCAUUUAAAAGGUUUAGACUCUGGUGGUUUCAGUGGUCAUACAAUUUAUUGUUCAGAAAUUACAAAAGAAUUGAUUAAACAAAACCCUAAAUAUAACAAAAAUUUAACUUCAAUGAAAACUUUAGAAGAAAAUGAAAGACAUAAAACAAAAUAUAAGGAUCAAUGGGUGUUUUUAACUUUGAUCCCGGCAAGGCAUUGUCCUGGUGCUGUUAUGUUUUUAAUUGAAAAUGAUAAAUCUGCUGUUUUAUUAACUGGUGAUAUUAGAGCUGAAUCUGAUUGGGUUGAUUCUUUACCUAAAAAUGAUAUUUUAUUUGAUUACAUGACAAGUUCAAAACAGUUGGAUAACAUUUAUCUAGAUACAACUUAUGGCUAUAGAGGUGAACCUUUUAUUGAAAUGAAUUCAAAUUCUUUUGGUUUACAAUCUUUAGUGGAAUUAUUAAAAUUAUAUCCACAAGAUGAUGAUGAUAUUUCUUUCUAUUUCGCAGAUUCCACUAUUGGUUAUGAAGAAGUUUGGAUUCAAAUGGUUAAAAAUGGUCAUUUAAUGCAUGUCCCACCUGAUUUGAAUAAAAGAUUAAAAAUGCUUUCAACUUAUAAAGAUUAUCAAUAUCAUAAAAGAAUCCAUAAAAUAGCCAGUUCUUCACCACAUUCAAAAUUCCAUUGCUGUGGUAUUAAACCUGAAAAUUGUUCAGGCAAACCUGCAAAAUUCCCUGUUAGGAUCAAACAUUGUAUUGAUAUCAAUAUAAAGGAUUUGAUGAGGUUAACAUUACCUUUAUCAUUGAAAAAUCAUAAACAUGAAGCAGAAUUUGUUGAAGAGUUACCAAGUGGUGCACAAAUUUAUAAAAUUAAUGAUUUGAAAUAUUUAAAACCUUCAAAUUCUGAACAUUUAUUAAGAAAUGAAUUAAGAUUUUUCUUUAGCAGGCAUUCAUCUUAUGAAGAAUGUCGUCAUUUUGUUAGUAUGUUCAAUGUUAAGCAGGUGUUCCCAUUGACUGAAAGUCCAAUAACUUGGGAACAAGGUUUCCAAAUGAAGAGACAAUUUGGUGAUUUAUGUACAUCUGAAGAAUUUUUGUAUGAUUCAAUAUAUUCCAAAAAAUAUGGAUCACCACCAUUGAAUUUAAAUCAACCUUUUAUUGUCAAUAAAUGGAAU